CUUUCUCGAAAACAGUAAAAUUGUUGGAUACUUAUCCGAUAUUUUCGAUAUACGGAACGAUCACCGAACCGGAACCAUCACCGAGAUGCAUCAGCGUCUUAAUGCAACGAGCUUGGGGAAGACACCCGUCGAAAGCUUCGGUCGCCACGUCAGCACCCAAUCCACGUCAAUAUGUCGACCCUUUCCUUCCUCCGGACUUGAGUGUGAACACGAACCCUGAAGUCAUUGACGACUUUAUUUAAUAUUUUUUUUACCCUUCUGUCCGGUCGGCUCUUCCCUCUUUUACGCUUCAUUAUCAUCAGUGCAGCUCACGCGCUUCUGUUCUUCCUUUUCCUUCUUCCUUGUUUCUUUUCUCCAUAUCUGUCUUCUCUGUUUUGCUUUAUCAGCCACUCCAUCGACAGCGACAGCAUAAGAAGAAAAGGCCUCUCUCUCUCUCUCUCCAUUGGCGAUUAUAUAUAUAUUUUUUUAAAAAAAUUCUGCAUUUUUAUCUGUUUUUUGUUUAAAAAGGCUUUUGGGUGGUUGUUGAAAUCUCUUGAAGAACCUCUCUCUCCCUAUGUGUUUUGGUAUGUUAAUCGUGAGGAGAGGAGAGGUUGGCUGAUGAAAUCUGGGUUCUUUGCUUGAUUAACAAUGGCUCAAGGCAGAAGAUACCUCCCUAAUCAACAAUUAGACCUUCAGCAGAUACUGCUGGAAGCACAACAUCGAUGGCUUCGUCCUGUUGAAGUUUGUGAAAUACUUAGCAACUACCCCAAGUUUCGUUUAUCAGACAAGCCUCCCGUUAAGCCUCCAGCUGGAUCUUUGUACCUGUUUGACCGGAAAACAAUUCGAUACUUUCGUAAAGAUGGUCACGAUUGGAGGAAGAAGAAGGACGGGAAAACUGUCAAAGAAGCUCAUGAAAAGUUGAAGAUUGGAAGUGUGGAUGUUCUUCAUUGUUACUAUGCACAUGGGCAAUUCAAUGAGAAUUUUCAGCGUCGUUGCUAUUGGAUGCUUGAUGGGCAGUUCGAGCAUAUUGUUUUUGUACAUUACAGAGAAGUAAAAGAGGGGUACAGAUCUGGAAUCUCCCGCAUACUAGCAGACCCAGGAUCACAGAGUGAAAGCCUGCAAACUGGUUCAGCUCCUUCCCUAGCACAUGAAAAUUCACCUGCUCCUACAGUUCAGACAUCUCACACAUCAACAAGCAGAAUUGAUUGGAAUGGGCAAACUUUAUCUUCUGAAUUUGAGGAUGUUGACUCGGGGGAUUAUCCAAGUACAUCUUCUCCUGUCCAACCUAUUUAUGGUUCGACAUCAAGUACUGCUUCAUUGGAGCCUGAAGUUGCAGGAAGGAAUCCUCCUGGUUCAUGGUUUACAGGAUCCAAUUGUAAUAACAGCAGUGAAUCAUGUUUCUGGCCUGAAAUCCAUCACUCAGUUACAGAUACCAUUAGCAUGCCAGACCAAAAACUCUAUGUUGAACGGCCUACUGCAGGUGACUUUGUAACACAUAAAGAAGCGGAGGUGAGACUGCAUGAUGUCUCAGAUGUUGUAACACGUGGAGAUAAGUUAAUCUCUGAUGUAGAAGCCCAAGCAGUGGGAGAAUCUCCACAGAAAGUAAUUCAGGUGCCCCAGGAGUAUGAUUUCAGUUUGAUGGGUCUACUGUCUCAGAAUUAUUCUGGUCCCCAGAAGGUAGCCUCCUCUUCCGCUCAAAUUGAGAAUGAAUCCAAAGGCAGUGGUUUAAAUAAUGAUGAACCAGGAGAGCUUAAAAAGCUUGAUAGCUUUGGAAGAUGGAUGGAUAAAGAAAUUGGUGGAGAUUGUGAUGAUUCCCUGAUGGCUUCUGACUCUGCCAAUUAUUGGAAUACACUUGACCCUGAGACUGAUGACAAGGAAGUAUCCAGUUUAUCCCACCAUAUGCAGUUGGAUAUAGAUUCCUUGGGUCCUUCUCUUUCUCAGGAACAGUUAUUUAGCAUUGUUGAUUUCUCACCUGACUGGGCUUAUUCUGGUGUUGAAACCAAGGUUUUAAUCAUUGGAAAUUUUUUGCAAACCAAGGAGCUUUCUAGUGCAGCGAAAUGGGGCUGUAUGUUUGGUGAAAUUGAAGUUUCUGCUGAGGUUUUGACUAACCAUGUCAUUCGUUGUCAAGUUCCUUCUCAUGCUCCUGGGUGUGUUCCAUUUUAUGUCACCUGCAGCAACAGGCUGGCAUGCAGUGAGGUAAGAGAGUUUGAAUAUCGUGAAAAGCCACCUGGAUUUUUAUUUACCAAGGCUGUUAAAAUUACAGCAGAAGAGGAGAUGCACCUGCAGGUUCGUCUAGCAAAAUUGUUAGAUAUUGGCCCAGGGAGAAAGUGGUUGGAUUGUUCUGUUGAGGAAUGUGAUAAAUGUAGGUUGAAAAAUAACAUAUAUUCGAUGGGAGUAGCCAAUGCAAAUGAUAGUAUACAAUCUAGAGAGGGAUUGGUUCAGAAUUUGCUGAAGGAAAGACUUUGUGAGUGGCUACUAUAUAAAGUUCAUGAAGAUGGUAAAGGUCCACAUAUUCUGGAUGACAAAGGUCAAGGAGUUAUACACUUGGCUGCUUCUCUUGGUUAUGAGUGGGCAAUGGGCCCUAUAGUUGCUGCAGGAAUAAGUCCCAAUUUUAGAGAUGCACAAGGUAGAACAGGGCUUCACUGGGCGUCAUACUUUGGAAGAGAAGAAACUGUCGUCGCACUGAUUAAACUGGGUGUAGCUCCUGGUGCUGUUGAUGAUCCCACACCAAGUUUCCCUGGUGGACGAACUGCGGCUGAUUUAGCAUCAAGGAGGGGACACAAAGGAAUUGCUGGAUACCUGGCUGAAGCUGACUUGAUCACCCAUCUCUCUUCGUUGACUGUUAACGAGAAUGUGGUUGGCAAUGAUGCUGCAACUACAGCAGCACAAAAGGCCAGUGAUUCUGCUGCUCAAGUUGCUCCAUCUAAUGGGGCAUUAGAUGAGCAAUGCUCAUUGAAAGGGUCCCUUGCUGCUGUUAGAAAAUCAGUUCAUGCAGCUGCUCUAAUUCAGGCUGCUUUUCGGGCUCUUUCAUUCCGGGAUAGACAAUUAACUAAAGGCAAUGAUGAGAUGUCCGAAGUUUCACUUGAACUAGGUCUUCUUGGGUCUUUGAACAGGCUUCCAAAGAUGAGUCAUUUUGGGGACUAUUUGCACACUGCAGCUGCAAAGAUCCAACAGAAGUAUCGUGGCUGGAAGGGAAGGAAGGAAUUUUUGAAGAUACGAAAUCGAAUUGUGAAAAUUCAGGCUCACGUGAGGGGACAUCAAGUUCGGAAACAAUAUAAAAAGGUUGUUUGGUCUGUUAGUAUAGUUGAGAAGGUAAUCCUACGAUGGAGGCGUAAAGGUGCUGGUCUACGAGGAUUUCGUGUGCAAAAAUCAAUUGAAAAUGCAGCACCAGAGAUAGAGAUAGGUGAUGAAUAUGAAUUUUUAAGACUUGGUCGACAACAGAAAGUUCAUGGAGUUGAGAAAGCUCUAGCAAGAGUCAAGUCCAUGGCUCGGGAUCAAGAAGCACGUGACCAGUACAUGAGGCUAACUACAAAAUUUGGAGAAUCGAAGGUAAUUUUCUCCACCUUUUCUUGUAUUUGUCGUUAUCCUGUGAUUUUGAUGGUAAGAUGCCCUCUGUUCUUGAAUGUAAAUCUUUUUCUGAAGUUUGCACCUGAAUGCGUUCCC